CUUUCAUCUGAUGAACGUAUCAAACAAAAAACAUCCUCUCCAUUAACGAUUCUCCAUCAGAACUCCUCUCCGUCAAAACUCCUCAUUUCAUCUUCUCUGUAUAUUGUUGUUUGGUCUUUUUCAACUGAAUUUUCAAAAUAUUAGUGUAGUUAAUUUCUAGGGUUGAAGCUGCUAAAUGGUUAGAAGAAGUGGUUGUUUGAGAAAUCUAAGAAGACAUAUUUGAGACAUCAUUAGCUGAAGAAAUUAGACUUGAGUAAUCAUGAAUCAAGAUGGGAGUUUAAGAAAAAGCAAGAGAGUUAAGAACUCAAACUUCAUUCCACCUGGAUCAGUUUCAUCUUUGCUAAGCCAAAGAGUUUUGAAUCACAAGCACAAGCAAAACUCAAAAUACAUUCCAGAACCUUAUGUUAAUAAGUCAAAUGAUAAGCAUUACAAGCACAAGCAGAACUCAAACUACAUUCCAGCUGGAUCUGAAGUGGAACAAGUGCAGCAAGUGUGUCCCGAUUCUACUUGUCUUGCAGCACAAACAGUACAUGAGCAAGUCUUGUUGGAUUCCACCACUCCUGAAUCACGAGAAGCACAAGAACAAGUGCAACAAACCUUACAACUUUCCAGCAUUCCUGCAUUACAAGCAGUUAAUGAACAAAUCCAACAAGAUCCACAUGAUUCUACUAAUCUUGAAGCAAAUGACCAAUCUGGCGAAGGAGGCAAGAUUUUACAGAUUUAAACUACAUGCACUUGAAAUUAGAAUUAGUCUUUAGCUUAUAAAAUCUGAUAGUUGUAUUGUCUGGAUUUAGUUUUAGAAUUAAUUUUUAUCUUACUAAAAAUAGUUCAUAAGCAAGCAGGCUCAUGUUCUAAAAUUACUAAAUUUGAAAUAGGUCCGGACCAAUUGUCUGCAUAACUAUAAACUGUUUGGUUCAUAUUAUUACAGGCCCUUCCACUCAAAAAAGAAAAAGAGGUGGAACACAAAUGCAAAGUGUACAUGGACGGAGUGAGCGCAAACUGAUCGUGCUAAACGAGUUGCACCAACCCAUUGGUCCUACUGAAGCAAUUGUGAAAGAGUUGGGUAGCUUCCUCGGCACAUUGGCAAGGAAUGGGACCUUCUGUCCUCUGAAUGUGUUUAAAUGGAAGAAAUUGAAGACACAUGAUGAUAUGUGGAACUAUACCAUGCUUUGAAUUUCUCAAUGUUCCAAUUUUUACUUGAAAAUAUUUCAGAUAUUUUGCACUAACCCAAUUGCACCAAAUUGUAGGAGAAAUAUGACAUUCCUAAAGUUGCGAAAUAAUGGGCUUUGCGAACAAUUCAACUUGCUUGGAGAAAGUAUAAGAAUGGGUUGAAGAAGAAACGCUACUAUCGCUAUGCCAAUGACGAAAUUCGAAUGGCAAAAAGGCCUAAAGAAGUUUCAGAAUCUCAAUUUAAGGCUCUCCUCGAAUAUUGGAACUCCGAUGCGGCUCAAGACAUGUCCAGAAAAAAUACAGAGAAUCGAAAAAAGUUGAGGUAUCCACACACUGUUGGCAAAACAAGUUUUGCUAUAAUCCGCGAGAAAAAAAAGAAGGAAAAUCCUGAAGCUUUGUCUAGUAAGGAGUUUUUUGUGGCUACUAGAAGAAGGAAACCAGGCCGAGUAUACAAGGACUCAUAUGAAGAUACGGCUAGCAAAAUAGUUGAAAUGGAGAGAAUAGAAACUCAAGAAAGUGAAGAUGGCAGUCAAUCAGUUGACACAUAUGUAUCAGUAAUGGGACCUGAUCAUCCAGGUCGAGUAAGAUUGUAUGGACGUGGGGUUACCAAGACUCUCUUGAAACAGAAAGCGGCGGAUACUGGACUCUCUUCAAAUGUUACUGAUGAAAUGGAGAAAAAAAUGGAGGAGAUAGAAGAGAGGAUGCAACAAAGAAUGCAGGAAAAAUUCAACACGCAAAAGGAUACCAUGGAACAAGAUAUUACAAUGAAAGUCAUUGCAAAAAUUCAGCAGCUAAAUCCAGAAUUCCGACUUGAUCCUAAUAUGUUAAGGUUCAGUGUUCGCUCACCCGGAGAAGCUUCCUCUACACCUGGUAACAAUCAAGGUGUCGAAAAUGAAGAAAGGGAAGGAGACAAUGAACACGUUGAUCUUACUUGAGAAGAUCUUUUAUGAAGCUUGUACAUGUUCUAAGAAUCUUUUUGCUAUCGAACAUGUUGAAACUUAUCCUAAAUCUUGAAAUGUAAAACUUAACUAUGCAUUUUGGGUUGAACAUUUUGCUUUUACGGGUAUGUUGGAUUAGGAAUGUUGGAUAUAUAUUUUGGACUAUGAAUUAAUGUUGGACAUUUUGGAUUAUGAUGAAUGUUGGAUAUUUUGGAUUAUGAAAAAUUGUGCUUUCUGAUUUA